GGAGUUCAGCCACUGGAAGGUGAACAGCUUGGCGACAGAGAAGAGAGAUUUCCUCAAAGCGCCGUUGCCCUUAGCACCAGAGUUCCUACGCAACCUGCGGUUACUGGGGCGACGGCCAAGCCUGCAGCAAAUCAACGAAAACCUCAUCAAGAAGUACGGAACCCACUUCCUGGUUUCUGCUACCCUGGGAGGAGAAGAGUCUUUGACCAUUUUCCUGGACAAGCAGAAGCUAAAUAAGAAGUCCGAGGGCAACAGCAACAGCUCUGUGGUGUCUCUGGAGCUGCUCCAUCAGCUGGCGGCUUCUUAUUUCACCGAUCGGGAGAGCACCCUUAGGCGACUCCACCACCUCCAGAUUGCCACCUCUGCUAUUAAGGUAACAGAAACAAGAACAGGUCCUCUCGGCUGCAGCAACUAUGACAGUUUGGACUCGGUUAGCUCGGUGUUGGUGCACAGCCCAGAAAAUAAGAUCCACCUAAAUGGUUUGCAAGAUGUCCUGCCAGAGUUCCUCCGUGGGCGUUUUGUGGAGGCGGCCCUCAGCUAUGUGGCAUGUAACUCGGAGGGUGAGCUGCUGUGCCGCAAUAACGACUGCUGGUGCCGGUGCUCUCCUAAAUUCCCAGAGUGCAACUGUCCCUUUGCUGACAUCAAAGUCAUGGAGGAGAACCUGGAGAAGAACAAAGCAGGCUGGAACAACUUCAAUCAGGAGUUCAUGGAAUCAGACGAAUUCAAAGCCUUCUUGAAGCGAUUGCCCACCGACCGGUUUCUGAACGUGUCCACGAUUGGAAAGUUCUGGUCAUCUGACCUGUCCCUCCAGAAGCGCUAUGCCCAGCUGGAGGCCAGCACCGCAGUGAUCUCUGGAAAAGCCCAAAAGAUAGUUAGGAAGCUCUUCACCUUGAGCAAACGCUGCCCCAAGCAACCCCGCAUCAGCCUGCCCCGAGAAAGGCCUGUUGGGUUUUGGCUGAGUACGGCUCAGUCUCUCCUCUACUGCAACGAGCAUGGAGUCCUGGGAAUGUUCUCUGAGGAGGCUAAGAGCUGUACCUGUCCUGUGGACCAGCCCACCUGCCAAGGACCAAUCCCAUGUGUGGUGGGCACCUCCCCCAAUUCCUGCUCACAGUGUGCCACCGAUAAUGCCACCCGAUGUGGAGCCUGCCACCAUGGUUAUGUCCUCCAUCUUGGUUCCUGCCGUCCGAGCAUCGGGACUUCCCUGGACCAUUAUCUGAACUUUGACCUGGACAUGCCAGAUGCUGAGGUGAAGUUCAUGCUUCAGCGACUGGACAGCAGAAUAGAGGUCCACGCCAUCUACAUCAGCAACGACGUCCGCUUGGGAAGCUGGUUCAAUCCUGCCUGGAGGAAGAGGAUGUUACUUACACUCAAGAGCAACAAAAACAAAUCCAACCUCAUCCACAUGCUAAUGGGUAUUUCUUUUCAGAUAUGUUCAACAAAAAAUUCAACACUGGAACCCGUGCCUGUCAUUUAUGUGAAUCCUUUCGGGGGCAGCCACUCAGAGAGUUGGUUCAUGCCCGUCAAUCAACCCGAAUUCCCCGACUGGGAGAGAACUAGACUGGACGGCGUUCCCAAUGCUCAGUGUUACAACUGGACACUGUCACUGGGAAAUAAGUGGAAGUCUUUCUUUGAAACGGUGCACAUCUACUUACGGAGCCGCAUAGUUACAGAUGAUCCAACGGUGAAUGAAACUCUCUUUUAUGAACCCUUGGAUUUGGACGAUCAGACAUCCAACUUGGGCUACAUGAAGAUCAACACUCUUAAAGUUUUUGGAUAUAGCAUGCACUUUGACCCUGAAGGCAUUAAGGAUCUGAUUCUCCAACUUGACUAUCCCUACACACAGGGCACACAGGACGCUGCCUUUCUGAUGUUGCUGGAGAUGAGAGAUCGGAUCAACCGUCUGUCUCCUCCAGCGCCACAGCCACUUGACCUGUUUUCUUGUCUGUUGCGUCACCGCCUAAAGCUGUCUGCAGGAGAGGUGGCGCGGAUCAAGGAUUCUCUGCAGAUCUUUAACUCCAAGCUCCCUAAUGCUUUCCCCGAACCUGACCUGGCCCAGCUUUGCAGCUAGCUAGAUUAGCACUCUUGGUUCAGGAGUUUUACUGCACCCGGUGUGGAGUUGCUGCUUCAUGGACAGUCCUGGUUUGGGUACACAGAAGAUUAACCAACUCAGAAGUCUACAUGCUGGGCCUUUCCUUUUCUCAUUUUUUGUUGGUUGGUAGGUGCAACUUGUCCUUCUUCAGAGACUCUGCUUUGCCAACCCGAUGGAGUACAUUUGCUAUUACUGCCGUGCUUUUGGCAAACUCUCUGACUGGACCAGGUCAAGAAUCCUAUCUAUUCUCAAAAGUCUUUUUUUUUUUUUUUUUUUUUUGAAACUGCAGAGAUAAUCUCUGUUUAGAUCUGAUAUUUUAAGAGGAACUUUAGAAUGGUGUUGGGAAAAUUUGUCAAAAGAAGAGGAUAUUCCUUUUAUAACUAUUUUCUUUGGAAAUAGAACAAUUGGGUUGGGGUGGUGGGUGGUAAUAUUAUCCAUGUGGUGAAUAAGUUAUGUUAUGCUUCACACUUUGAAAUUUGAUAAUCCUGACCCCUGCUAAUGUCUUUGAGUAUUCCUUUUUAAUCCACAUCUUCCAUUUUAUCUGGCAUUUUAAAUCGUAUAUCUAUUCUUAACAUCCAAAUGAGGAGCCUGUUAGUGAUGUUCUGUUCAUGGUGGUGUGUCUGUGCCAAAGACAGAUAAACACAUUGGCAAUUUGAGUGGAAAAACAUUGGCAUACGCUGUCUUUCCUUGCUCUUUUGACCUGAAAAUGACAGGAAAAAAAUUGCAUAGCGUGAUAACAAGAGGGUCUGUGGAUGUAGUGCUGUAAAUAAUGCUCCAUUUAAUUCCAGAUUGUGAACAAGUGCACAUUGCUUUCUAGAUAACAGAGUAAAAAGACUAAAAAAAAGUUUAUAACAAAACAGACUCAUGCCUUAUAUGGAAAGUUAAUGUUAAAACAAGAAGCACAUUUAAUUUCUGUGUUUGGUUUUGAAGCAAAGGUCUUUUCGCUUUUUAUAUUUCUACCAGGACAGAACAACAGACACAAACUCCGAAGUAUGUGAUAAUGUAGAUUUUUCUAUGUACAGCAAAUGCCAGUCACGUUUUCUGCUCUUGUUUGGAUUCAUUGUUGUGGAAAAAAUUGAGUCACCUUUCACAGUGCCCAAUAGUACUUGCACUAUGUAACUGUUCUGCAAAAUCUCCGGUUAUACAAAAAGCUCUGUAACUGACAGAUCUUUUUUUAAAUUUUUUUUUUGCUUUUGAUAUGGGUUUAAAAGUUUUUAACAGUUUGGUUUAGUCUCAUGUUUUAAAGUCAUUAUUUGCAUUUCUUUUGUUCUGAAGCUUUUGUUUUUUAUUCUCUCUUUUAUGUGGGUCAAAAUUCUGCAGCAGGCAUCACGGCAAAUGCACGGUCAAAAAGUUUAUCUGGGCAGUAAGGGGGUCCUCUUCAGAGUUGCAGAUUUACAAGUAAGACACUUGAUAUGAAGAUACAUUUACUUUGCCAAUUUCUCACUGGAGGUCAGUAAACCCUGUAUGUCAUUUUCAGCUGUUCUGUGCUCAGCUUGCUUAAGUAAAAGCAAAGUGUUUUAUCUA